CUGGACAACGGAACCGGAAGUGUCUCUGAAACGUAUGAAUAUUUCGCGCCAAACUCGUGAAACAAAGCAUUUCUCCUGAGCAGCCGAGGAGGACGCAGGCUCAUCGCAGCAUCGCUUUUCAUUUUAUUCAACUUUCAGUUUGGCUGGUAACAUGGAAGAGGCAAACAAGUUAAUUGGCCAGGGCAAGAAGCACUUGGUAAUGGGGCAAGUCGUGGAGGCGGUGAACACGCUUCAGGAGGCCUGUGGCAUGCUGGCCAAGAAAUAUGGUGACACAGCAGAUGAGUGCGGUGAGGCUUUGUUCUGGUGUGGUAAAGCGCUCCUGGAUUUGGCACGGAUGGAGAAUUCAGUCCUUGGUAAUGCUUUGCAAGGAGUUCCAGAGGAGGAAGAGGAGGAAAAACUUAAAGACUCCAAUGUGGAAAUGGAAAGCACUGAAAAUCUAGAUGAAAAGACCAGAGAUGAGUUGCGGGUUCAGGUCUAUGAUGCCAUGGCAGAGAAGAAGGAAGAGGCUACAGAAAAAGAUGCAGAUGGCAAAAAAGCUGAAUCUACAACAGAAAAAGCAGAUGAUGCCAAAGAGAAAACCGAUAACACUUCAGAAAUUACCAAAGAUUGUGCCACAGAAAAGGAAAAUGAGACUUCAGCAGAGAAACCAGAUGCUCAAAUUGUUGCUACUGAAGAGAAAGCUGAACAAGACAAAACUUCAUCUUCCAUUAAGGAUGACUCCAGCAAAGACUCCAAAGAGAAAGAUGAGACUGAGGAAAAAACAACUGAGAGUGAUGAGAACAAGGAGAAUGUAGCAGCAGAAACUGAAAAUGAAGAAGCAGAGGAAGAAGCAAAUGCUGAUGAGGAAAUGGAGGGCGAUGAAGAGGCUGAAGAAACUGAAGGUGAUGAGAAGGCUGAUGGCGAGGACACUGCUGAGAAGGGAAGUGAUGAUGAAGAAGUUGGGAAUCUGCAGCUGGCUUGGGAGAUGUUAGAAGUGGCUAAAGUCAUCUACAAAAGAAAAGAGACCAAAGAGGAUCAGCUCAUGGCUGCCCAAACUCAUCUAAAACUAGGAGAGGUCUCUGCUGAAUCAGGAAAUUACACACAGGCAAUUGAAGAUUUCCAAGAGUGUCUGAAACUGCAGCUAAAGCACCUGGAGUCAGAUAGCCGUCUUCUGGCUGAGACUCAUUACCAGCUGGGACUAACCUAUAGCCUAAACUGCCAGUACAAACAGGCCAUUGAUGAACUCAACAGCUCCAUCUCAGUCAUUAAGAGCAGACUGGAGAAACUACAGGAAUUGAUGGACAAAGCUGAGGGCCCCGAUGCUCUUCAAGAAGAGCGAAAGGAAAUGGACGAGCUUAAAGCUCUGCUGCCUGAAAUCCAAGAGAAGAUAGAAGACGCUACAGAGGGUCAGAAAACUGCCACUACAGAUGCAGAAGCAGUCAAGGGUGUAUUGGAUGGAAAUGCUGCUCCUGAAACUGGUGACAAGCUUACCUCCACAAAGGCUAAUGGCACACCAAGUGAACAGACCACAGCAACUGACAUCUCACAUUUAGUGAGGAAAAAGAGGAAACCAGAGGAGAGUCCAGUGAAGGAGGUGAAGAAGGUGAAACAAGAUGAAGCGGAGACCAAUGAAGUCCACCCAAAUGGUCACACAAACGGACAUAGUAAUGGCAUGGAGGUGGAGAGUAAGUGACUGUGCUCUUUCCACGUUGCCAUACCAACCUGAAUUCAUCUUUUUUUGCACGUCUUUGACAUUUGUAAAUGUGUUCAUAUUUCUGCAUUGCCUUGAAUAAAUAAACUUAAUACUUUUUAUAUCA